AUGAAGGAAAUCGUGCGGACCAAUCCAAAUGAAAUCAAGAAUAUGUUGACGGCUAAUCCGCAGCUGGCUUAUGCACUUUUGCAGGUUUAAUUGGAUUUUUUUUGUUAUAUUCUAUUUGAAAAUUAUUAUCCAUGUAGCUUAGAUUAAUCAACUUGUGAUAAUUUUUUAUGGAAUCAAAAAGAGUGUUUGACAACCGACUGAAAGUUAUCAAGAUUUUUUGGAAAUUUAGAAAAUUUUUUGAUCGGUUGUCAUAUUUUACAAGCUCAGUAACUAUCAGGGUAAUGCAUUUUCAUCCGAAGGUUCUCAUUUUUUAACUUAAAAUGAUAUGAUUUAACUUGAGAUCGAAGAAGCUCCGAAUUUCUAUACAUAAAUUAAUUUGCAGAAGCUUGCUGUGUUUUCCAAAAAAAGGACUGGGGAAAUUAAUGAAAGAAGAACUUUUCUGAAAGUAUAGUUUUAAUCGCUCAACACAACAAAAAAAGGGAAGUUUUUUUAAAGCCUCGAUUUUGAUGAAACUGAUCUAAGGCCUUCUUAGAGCCUCCUGAUUUCAGACCAAGGAGACGCUUUCUCGCAAAAGUUCUUACUUUUUAUUUAUACUUUCUCAAAAGCUUCAAAAACGCCUAUUGAUCACAUUUUAGGUAGUUUGAGAACUUUAAAGAGUUCAAACGGUUGUUAAAAAGUUUUCUUAUCAGCAAUAAUUUCAAGGAGAAUGUAGAAACUCUUUCAACGAUUUUUUUUUUCGAGUGGUUAUGAAAACCUAUAAUAAUUUGUUCAAAGAAGUUCCUGAAUUAUUCGAACUUCGAUAAGGUUCACUUGAUUCACAACGCUUGUUGUGUUUUCCAAAGAAGUGCUGGUGAAAUUAAGCUGAGAAGAAAGAAGAUCUUGUUCUUGAAGUUGUGAUCGCUGAAUACUUAAAUGGAAUGUUUUUGAGUUCCCAUUUAAAAUUUCUUUUGCUGAAGUGCACCUAGAGCGUCCUGAUUCUAGAUUAAGAAGGCAAUUUUUGUUAAUAGAUCUCUUUUUUUUUAUAUAUGAUGUCUCAAAAGCUUCAAAUAACGUCUUUUUCCUUAUUUUUUUAAUGGUAGUUUGCGAAGUUUAACUCAAAAAUCUGGAGCAUAGAUGGGCAAGUACAGCACUCAUUCAGCGCGGUAGAAGGGUUAGCUUACAAAAAUUUUAAGAAGUCAGAAAUAAAAUUAAAUUUCAAUCUCAGAGAGGUAGUUUUGGCCACAUUAAUACAAGUUUUAGCCUCAAGAGAAUAUUAUUAGCUUUAAUUUAAAAAAAACUUGGCCUUGAAAAAAAGUCUGCCCAUUUAUGAUCUGGCGGUACACUUCAGCAAAGUUUCAUCAAAAGUUCAAGUUCUGUGAGCGAUUUCCAAUAGGAGAAUGUAUAGAUUCAACAUUCCAAUGUCAUUUUUAGGAGGUAUUAAAAAAAGCCAACGAAUUUUCGAACGGCGACUUUUCCGAUUUUUUCAUUUUUCCCUUAUAUUUUUCGUUUAUAAAACAUCUAUUAACAAUUUUUUUUUGUGUUUCAAUCAUGAAUCAACUACCUAUUUUAUAUAGGCCGAUUCAAAGCGAAGAAUUUAUCAAUAAAAAAACGUCGGAAAGUUCCCUAGAGAUAUGAAAAAAUAGAAAAGUCGCCGUUCGAAUCAUCGCUAGCAUUUUUUCAUACCACUCAAUUUUAAAGGCGCAAGUGGUGAUGAGGAUCGUCGACCCGCAAACGGCCAUCGCGAUGCUUCACAGGGAAACGCCGACUCAAACGACGCCUUUCCAUCUGCAAGGCCCAGCUCAGCCUUCACUCAAGCCUCAACAACAGCAGCCGCCGCCCAAUUUCGGAAUGCCUCGUGGGUUUUGAUUUCAUUAAAGUGGUCGCUCUAGAACUGUCUUUUGCUAAAUUUCCAGUUUGGUGACUAAAGAUCGUCAGAAGUCUCAAUUUUGCUCGAAAUCGAGGGAUUUUUGUGAAACUGAACUUAUUUAAAUGAUCCUUCUGUUCGAAAAUGUCUUUUUUGACAUCCGAGAAAUUGAAAAAUUAAAUUAGCACAAAAUUAAAGAUUUAGGAAAAAUCUCCUUCUCCAAUAGGACAUAGAUGUUUACCAUGGUCUAAAAAUUUAUUAUAAUUUUUUUAUCUGUCUAUUUCACGGCUGAGCCAUCGAAAAAAGGGUCCUGACACGAUAAUGCACGAGACAGUACCUGACUCGUGGAGAGCGCAGACAGGCCACGCCCCCUUAGGCGUCCCAAGCUAGCCGUGGAUCGGCCAUAUCGUUGUUCAUAAAAAUGUAGAUUACUCGGAAACUAUCGAAAAUUUUCCACCUCCGCAAUUUUUUUUAUGAGAUAACCUCGUUUCUAGAAGAAUAACUCGAUUUUUUGAUUCCGAAACCCCAGUUUUCACAUAAAAAAAACUCAGAGAAAACUAAAAAUGAAUAAUUUCAGCGCCUCACGCAGCCACCAGCUCGGCGAUGCCACCAAUGCAGCCGCCUUUCGGCCGACCUCCGCCAAAUUUCCCACCAUCACAACCAGUUAUAAAUCAUUUAUCCACCAAUAUAACUCAAACUGAAAUUUAGGAAAUCUCACCGGAAGAGCAGCAAAACGCGGACCUUCUCCUACAAGUCAUGCAGCUGAAGGAAGAGGAAAUCGCGCUUUUGCCGCCGGGCGACAGAGAAAAAGUCAUCGAACUUCGGAAUCAACUCAAACGAAGCGUCCGCUGA